CGGGGAACUAAAAUUUUGCUAGAAUUGUUUGUUUGUUUUGGAUUGUGAAUAAUUUUCUCAGCUUUAGUUUGCUGAUUUUUCUGAUUUUAUUGAAUAUCUACUGAAUUUUGAUUGUUUAUUGGCUUGCAUGACUAGGUCUUCCUUUGCAACAUUACUUGAACUUGACCCGAAGAUUGAGAGAACCUUUUGGGCUUUAAGGAGACAAGCUAGGUCAGCAGCAACUUGUGAGAGCAGAAUUUCAGAGAUGGAUAAUCAGAUAACAGAAGGGGAUCGAACUAUGAAAGAACUUGCAGCACCAGAUGUGGCUUAUAAGUACUCAUGCAUCACUUAUCCAGACUUGGCAGGAGAUUUUGAACUUAGAUCAGGACUUAUUCAUCUGCUUCCCAAAUUUCAAGGGUUAUCAGGAGAGGAUCCCAACCGCCAUCUACAUGAGUUCCAUGUGGUUUGUUCUACCAUGAAACCACAAGGGAUUUCAGAAGAAGACAUUAAGUUGAGGGCUUUUCCAUUCUCUUUGACAGGAGCAGCAAAGGACUGGUUAUAUUGCCUUCCAGCUGGAUACAUUACUAGUUGGAUUGAUAUGAAGAAAGCAUUUUUGGAGAAAUUUUUCCCAGCUUCUAGGACUGCAACUAUCAGGAAGAGCAUUUGUGGUAUUCAGCAAGUAGUGGGAGAGACUCUUUAUGAUUAUUGGGAGAGAUUCAAGAAGCUGUGUUCGAGUUAUCCACAACAUCAAAUUAGUGACCAGCUCCUUGUUCAAUAUUUCUAUGAGGGUCUACUUCCUAUGGAUAUGAGCAUGAUAGAUGCAGCAGCUGGAGGAGCCUUGGUGAAUAAGACUCCAAAUCAAGCAAGAGAGUUGAUUUCAAAUAUGGCAGAAAAUUCACAGCAAUUUGGGAGUAGAGCUCUUGGGACUAGAGUGGUUAAUGAAACUCAUUUGGUUUCGAAUGAGCAACAAGAAAUCAGAAACAAUUUGCAAGAAUUGACCUCUCUAGUGAAGCAAAUGGCGUUGCAAAAUUCAAGUCAUGUUUCCAAUUUUCCUUUACCAAUGAUGAAGUUGUGUGGAAUUUGUUCAAGCCAAGAUCAUUCUUCAGAUCAUUGUCCUAAUCUCCAUCAAGAUGAAUCCGUUGCAGCCAUUUCAAGACCUCAAUUUCAGCAACACAAGUAUGAUCCCAACUCUUCAACUUAUAAUCCGGGAUGGAGGGAUCAUCCUAAUUUGAGGUAUGGGAACACAUUUUAUCAGCAGCCAACACAAAAUCAGAUUGGACAGCCAUCAUUUCAGCAUCAGCAGAAUCAACAUUAUUUCCAGAACCAUCCAGCAGUUCAUUCUCAGCAAAAUCAACACUUCCAGCAGCCACAAUUUCAGCAAAACUUCAACCAAAAUCAGCAAUUUCAACCAUUCCAGAAUUUUCAGCAUUCGAAUGUUGCAUUUCAGCCACAAUUUCAGAAUGCACAGAAUCAGCAAAACCAUUUCCAGCAAAUUCAGCAACCUGUGCAGAAUUUCUACCCAAGAUCAAUGCAACCUCAGCAGAACUUUAGCAACUCAAAAAUUGAGGAUUUGAUGCAGCAAGUGUUACAACAGCAACAGCAAAUGAUGCAACAGCAGCAACAUCAGCAGAGGACUGAUACAGCAUUGCAAAACAUUGAAAGGCAGAUUGGGCAGCUUGCUAGCAACAUUAAUCAAAUGCAGAAUCAAGGAUCUGGACAAUUGCCUUCACAACCGACUCCAAAUCCUAAGGGAAAUGUGAGUGCAUUAACUCUUCGAAGUGGUAAAACAAUUUUAGACCCAAAUCCGAAUUUUACAGUAGGAGCACAGCGGAAUAUUUCCAGGCCAUUUGCAGCUUCAAGUUCACAAAAUUUCCAGAAUUUUCCAGCAAAUUCAGAGCAGCCAGAUUCAGCACAGAAUGGGAUUACUGGAUUUGAUCAACAACAUUUCAAUCAACCAGAAGUUUCAGAUUCUGAUCAAAUUGAUGGAGCAGAUUUCGGCUUGGAAUUUACUCCAACAGCAGAUUCAAAUUCAGCUCCAAAUUCAGCACAGAAUCUGGAAAAUUCUCCACAGAAUCGGGACAGAACUUUUAACCAGCAAGAAGCCGAGCAUUCCACUUCGUUACCUUUCCCUCAAAGAAGUGUACAACCAAGAAAAGAAAUGGAGGAAGAAAAGGCUAGGGAAUAUCAAGAAUUGGUGAAAUUAUUCAGCAAGGUUGAAGUGAAUGUGCCUUUGCUUACCAUGAUCAAACAAAUUCCGAAAUAUGCCAAAUUUCUCAAGGAUCUUUGUGUGCACAAAAAGAAAUUAAAGGGGAAUGAAUUGAUAAGUAUGGGAAAGAAUGUUUCAGCAUUACUUCAGCCAGUUCCUCAGAAGUGUGAAGAUCCAGGAGUUUUCACCGUGCCUUGUGUUAUAGGAGAUUGUAUUUUUGAGGAUGCGAUGUUAGAUCUUGGAGCUUCUAUUAAUGUGAUGCCUAAAUCAGUUUUUCAGUCAUUAAGAAUUGGACCUUUGCAGCCUACAGGUGUAGUGAUUCAGUUGGCCAACCGUAGUCAAGCACACCCAGCUGGAGUGAUAGAAGAUGUAUUAGUAAAAGUGAGGGAGUUAAUUUUUCCUGCAGAUUUUUACAUCUUAGACAUGGAGGUUGAUGUGCUUGCAAACAGGGCUCCGCUUAUUCUUGGACGUCCAUUCUUGAAGACUGCUAGAACGAAGAUUGAUGUGCAUGCUGGAACUCUUUCUAUGGAGAUAGGAGACACAGUGGUUAGAUUCAGCAUUUUUGAGGCUAUGAAGCAUCCUAGAGAGGAUCAUUCUAUUCUUAGCGUGGAUAUCUCAGAGGAGCUGGAUGGCAUGGAGUUCUUGUCAGAGAUUGAUUCAGACUUAGAGAUUUCUGAUUUUGGUACAGUGAAUGAAUUUGUUGCAUUAUUGGAAGAUGUUUUAGAUGUGGAAUCUGAUGUCAAUUCAAGUGAAUGCGUAGGGGAUUGCUUAGGAGAAGCAUUACCCCUAGGAUCGCUCAGAGAGGAAGAGGUAUGUGUAGGGGAUUGUUCAGCAGCAUUACCCCUAGGAUCACCUAUUAUGGAGCAGACACAAGAGGAGUUGAAACCAUUGCCCCAACAUCUGAAAUAUGCAUAUUUGGGAGAAAAUCAGCAGCUACCUGUCAUCAUAGCUCAGAAUUUGGAACCAGAUCAGGAGGAGAGAUUAUUAGAGAUUUUGAGACAGCAUAGGAAGGCCAUUGGAUGGACUUUGGCGGACAUUCCUGGGAUUAGUCCUUCCAUUUGUAUGCAUAAGAUUCACUUAGAGGAGGAUGUGCGGCCAGUGAGACAGCCACAAAGACGACUGAACCCUUUGAUCUUGGAUGUGGUAAAGAAGGAGGUGACUAGACUCUUACAGGCAGGCAUUAUUUAUCCGAUUUCUGACAGUAAAUGGGUCAGUCCCAUCCAUGUGGUUCCGAAGAAGUCAGGGGUGACAGUGGUAGCUAAUGAAGAGAACGAACUGGUGCCCACGAGAGUGAAGAAUUCUUGGAGAGUAUGCGUGGACUAUAGGAGGCUGAACCAAGCAAGCCGAAAGGAUCAUUAUCCACUUCCUUUUAUUGAUCAGAUGUUGGAGAGACUGGCAGGUAAAUCCCAUUAUUAUUUUCUUGAUGGGUACACUGGUUAUUUUCAGAUUUGCAUCGACCCAGAGGACCAGGAGAAGACGACCUUCACUUGCCCUUUUGGGACAUUCGCGUAUCGUAGGAUGCCAUUUGGUUUGUGCAAUGCUCCAGGUACUUUUCAGCGAUGCAUGGUGAGUAUUUUUGGUGAUUUAUUAGAGCAUUGCAUGGAAGUUUUCAUGGAUGAUUUUUCUAUUUAUGGCUCAUCUUUUGAUGUAUGUUUGGAUAACUUGUCUAGAGUUUUGAGUAGAUGUAUCGACACGGAUUUGGUUUUGAAUUUUGAAAAGUGUCACUUUAUGGUAGAGCAUGGCAUUGUUUUAGGUCAUAUAGUCUCUAGGAAGGGUAUUGAAGUAGAUCCUGCUAAAGUUAGCGCUAUAUCUUCUUUAUCUUACCCCGCAUGCGUGCGGGAGGUGCGAGCUUUUCUUGGACAUGCAGGAUUCUACAGGAGAUUUAUUAGGGACUUCAGUAAGAUUGCUCUGCCAUUAUCUCAGCUACUUCAGAAGGAUGUCGUUUUUGAUUUUGAUCAGAGGUGUAUGGAGGCUUUUGACAGAUUGAAGGAGGCUCUUACUUCAGCACCUAUUAUCGGACCCCCAGACUGGUCCUUACCUUUUGAGUUGAUGUGUGAUGCUUCAGAUUAUGCAGUGGGAGCUGUACUAGCACAGAGAGUGGAUGGAGCACCCCAUGUUAUUUGCUAUGCUUCCAAGACUUUGGAUUCAUCUCAAGCAAACUACACAACAACAGAAAAAGAGCUUCUUUCUAUUGUUUUUGCUUUAGAUAAGUUCAGAUCAUAUCUUCUUUGUUCUCAUGUGAUUAUUUUUUCUGAUCAUGCAGCUUUGAAGUAUCUCCUCAAGAAGCCUGAUGCAAAGCCUAGAUUAAUCAAAUGGAUGCUUCUGCUUCAAGAAUUCGACGUAGAGAUACGUGAUAGGAGCGGGAAGGAGAACUUGGUUGCAGAUCACUUGAGCAGGAUUGAAAGAGACUUGGACCAUUCGACCAUUGAUGAUGAUUUCAGGGAUGAGCAGCUUCUACAGCUGCAGGGUGAGUCUCCAUGGUUUGGAGUACCCAGGGCGAUCAUUAGUGAUCAAGGGUCUCAUUUUUGUAACAGACACAUGAAGGCUUUGCUACAUAAGUACGGGGUUACACAUAAAGUUUCUACAUCCUAUCAUCCUCAAACAAAUGGGCAAGCAGAAGUGUCUAACAGGGAGGUGAAAUCAAUUCUUGAAAAGACUGUGAGACCGGAUAGAAAGGAUUGGAGCAAAAGACUUGAAGAUGCACUAUGGGCUUAUAGGACCGCUUUCAAAACCCCUAUUGGAAUGUCCCCUUACAGGAUUGUAUAUGGAAAAGCAUGUCAUUUGCCUGUGGAGAUUGAACAUAGAGCGUAUUGGGCGGUUAAAGCAUGCAACCUUGAUAGUGACACGGUUGGAGAAGAAAGAAAGAUGCAACUUCAAGAACUUGAAGAGAUUAGAUUGGAAGCCUUUGAGAACUCACGGAUUUACAAAGAAAAGGCCAAGAGAUUUCAUGACAAACAAAUUGAAGUGAAAGAGUUUCAAAUUGGUGACAAAGUACUUCUAUAUCGAUCUCGUCUCAAAUUGAUUAAAGGUAAGUUGAGAUCUAGAUGGGAAGGACCUUAUUGUGUUACUAAUGUUUUCUUUUAUGGAGUGGUUGAGAUUCAGGAUAUGUCUACUGGCCGGAUUUUUAAAGUUAAUGGACAAAGGCUUAAAAAGUUUCAUGAAGAAGUGAAGGGCUUGGUGGUGGAGGAAAUGGAACAUGUUGAUGCUAUCUACCCGAGUUAGAGGGGAGUUUCACUUUAUCUUUUGUUUCUUUGCAAAUUAAUAAAUUUUAGGUGUAGGUAGUUUUCUUAUUUGUUUAGGUAAAAUUUUGGUUUCAUUUAGAAUUUUCUUGCAUCAAUAAAUUUUGAGUUACAUUAGUAAUUUUUAUUUUUGCAUAGUUAUAGUUUUGGAAUUUAGGUUUUAUGAUAGUUACCAUUUCUUAGAGUUUGUUAGUCUUUGUUUUAGGAAUAAAUGGUACUUCCUUCUUUUGACAUUUCCUUGUAUCAUUUUAAGGGAUUUGAAAAGGGAUGUUAAAUUUGAUUAUCUUGUUUAAAGACUUUAUGGCAUGAUUGAUCUCUAGGAUUGCAUGAGGUUGAUACUAGUGAUGGAUUCUUGAUUGAUGAAAUGGUAUGAUAACUUUUAUUUACCUAGUAAGGUUUGAGCCUAGUUUGAGUGAUGCACUUGUAGCUUAUUUCACUCUAGAACUUGCUUCAAAUCUGAUUUAUACCAUUAGAGCAGCGUUGAGUCAUUUUUAUGAAAUUUGCUCCAUUAUCACAUUGCCCUCACCUAUUUUUGCUAUUUCUCUUGUCAUGUAUCAUCAUAUCUUUGUUUUUUUUUUUUCUCAUGUCUUACUUCUUUGGAUGUGGUUAUCUUGGAUGAUAUGUGAUGAAUUUAUUUUGGCCGGGACGGACAAAAGAAUGAGUGUGGGGGAGGUGUUUAAUUGAAAUUGAGUUCUUUUGUUUUGGUGGAGAAUGUUUUGAUUGAGAAAUUGAAUUCUGCAGAAUUAAGUAAGUUCAGUGGAUGAAAAUUGCUGUGUAUCAUUGUUCCAAUAUUGAUACACUUGAUUGAAAAUCUUGUGAACAGAUUAUAAUCCGGGAACUGAUGCAUGGUUAGUUUUUAUAGAACAGAAUUAUGCAGAAGUGGAGCAGAUCUGGGAAUUCUGUACUAGUUUUGUACCAAAAUCAGAGUGCAAUAGUCGAAGUGAAGGAAGCUUAAUUGGAAUGUAGAAGUCAGUUCAUUUGUAGCUGUCAUGGCAUUUGCAAGAUAAAACAAAAAAAAAAAAAAUCCAGAAACUUAAUCUGGACAGCAAGAAUUCAGUUUAUUUGUAGCUUCAUUCGUAGCUGGGAAAUCUGAUCGAAAUGGACUUUAAUAGGAAAUUCAAUUGGUGGCAAUUAUUUCAUCAACGAAGCACUUGAAUGGAGUAUCAAUUACCUUGAAAACUUGAAGGAAAAAGGCAUCAAUUGGUACCUUUAACAGUGAGGAAAAUGCUGGAUCAGAAUGGAGUUUUCAGAAUUUCAAGAGUGUGCAAUAUUUUCGUUAUCAGCUUUGAAAUCCUUGGGAAUGAAGUGAAACUCUUUCUGGCAGCUAAUUGUGUUUAUUUCCUCUUCAUUCUCAACCGGCUGGAAGAAUUCUGGUAGCAGAAACUUGCUGAAAUUUUGAAUUUUCGGUAACCUUCUAAGUGCUGAUAUAAGCUGAAAUUAGAUGGAACCAAGCUAUUAUUCGAUUAUAAUGAUUGUUAAGUUCAUUGGGAAUGAAUUGUUGAAGCUUGAAUUGAGUAAGCAGUAGCAUCAAAUGAAGAUAUCAAGAAUUCAAAGCUGAAAUUCAGAAUUUGAUGAGAUGCAGAAUUGACAGCUCUGAAAAGAAUUGGAAUUCUGUGCAUGUUUGAAAAGAAUUAGUAUCAAAUUUCGGAAAUGAUAGCAAGGAAGGAAGAAGUUUGGAGGAAGCUUUAUAAUGUGAAGAAACAAAUGGAAUGUCAAGUAGGGAAUGGAACAAAUGUAACGAAAGGAAACGUUGGCUGCAAGAAAAGAAAGUAAAACAAUGCAGAAUGCUAGAAGGUGCAGAAUUGCAGGAGAAAUGACAGUUUUGUGCCAAUUUUGGAAUGAGAAUUGUGAUGAGCCAGGGGUGCUAGAAAAUGGAAGGUCUUUGGAUAUGCAUUGUAAAAGGUUUGUAGAGACAAGAGGAAGGAGUAUUGAAAAUUUUUGUGGCUGAACAUGAUAGAUUGAUACAAAGUCUAGCAUUGAAGGAAAUCUGAAACUAGCAGUGCAGAAUGAACUUUAAGGGGCUAAUGACCAUAGCAAAAUCUGAAACCUAGCUACCACUUAGUAUUGAUAAUUGGUUAUCCUUCUUCUCCAGAGUUUACAAGAUUUAAGAGAAGGAAUUGGAUACCAAAACAGGGAAGAUUAAGCUGUAAACUGAAGAAGAUUGAACCAAAACUGCAGCUUGAUAUUUUGGACUGUUAAUGCAGUGAGAAAAAAAAAUAAAUCCAAGCUGAAAAUUUUUGUGCCAUUGAAGAACAAGAGGUGGAGUCUUGAAUUCGUACCAUUGCUGAAGAGGAUGCUUAGAGAAAAGAAGUGAACUUCUGAAACAGAAACUGAAUUCUGAUUUAAAUGCAGAAAAGUUUUGUGUAGCAGGUCAUGUGCUGUUUUUGUGCCAAACUUUCAGAUUCAUACACCGGGAAUGAAGUGGAGUAAAAGGAAGAGUGCAAAUUAGAGUGUUUGCAUAACCAAAUCAGCAACAAGGAUGCAGUGACAAGAAGAAAUGCAGAAAUUUUAUUCUUGGCCGAAAUUGAACAUCACAUAGCAUUCUAGUUCCAUGUCUUCCACUUUAAGUUGAAACUUAUUUUCUUCUUUGCUCCAUUAACAUUAAUUCUUUCAAUUAUUUCUCAAUUUGCUCUUCCUUCCAAUGGUUGUGAAUUUUCAUGAUUAUGCAUCUUAAUAUCUGUGAUGGAGGUUAAAAUUAGAUGAGGAGCAAGCUUAUGGUAGUGAUUUUGCUAUGAGAGGCUUGAGGGAUCUCCACCAUUGAAAAAAAAAAAUUGAGAUUAGGAUGAGAGCCACUUCGAAUUACCUUGUGAGGAUUAGAAAUGCUAUCAUUUUCAUUUUAUUCAUGAUGGAUGAAGUUUACUAAGUAUUGAACCAAGGUAAAAAUAGAGGUCAUGAAUGUGUGAGUCUAUGAACUUGAUACUUAUUUGUAACUUCCUUUUACUUUCUUUUAGAUAUGAUCAAGAAUAGUUAGGAGAAGGAGGUACCAUCUUAGUUGAUAUUUUGGUGGGCUCACUUGCACGAAGCGUGCAAGAAUAAGUGUGGGGGAUUUGAUAAGCUAUGAAUUAACAUAUUAAUUUUGGGUUAAUAUUUGGUGUUCUUUAUAUAUUUGCACAUGUUUAAUUCCAAUUUUGAUUAUAUUUCCCCAAACAAGGUUUUUAUGAGCUUUAUGAUGUUUUUCCAUCUUAUGCGUGAUUUAUUCCUCAUUUUGUGAAUUUGGUCUUGUAGGGUACACAAGGACUCAUGAUUCAAGUGAAGGCUUAGUUUACUCAACCAAAUGGAGUAGUGCAAGGCCAUCUUUGGGAUCAAUUAAACCUGGAUUCCAAUGGAUUUCAAGGAGCUUAAACCCAAGCUAGAUCACACAUGAGCCUUACACCAACUUAGGGUUCAAUGAGCCAAAACCCUAGGUAUUUAAAGAACAUUUUGGCACGGUGAACAGUGAGCUCGCGCUACUGUUCAUCGUGCCAGUUUCUUGACGGUGCGGUCGCGGCUCCUCCCUGCUACCAGAUCUUCGAGCAAGCUCGUCUUCAUCAGUGUGAGGUUUCCAGCUUCGGGCGUUUAGUUCCUGAGCACAGUUCGUCUUCGUCGGGUGAAUUUGGCGGACGGAGCACUGUUACUGCGACGCGCGUUUUCUUCCUAAUUUCAGGGGUCUUUCUCUGAUUUUAGUUCACAAUCCACUCCAGAGCUAUCGGCGGUGGUCCUCCGGUGCUUCUGGUCUAAUUCCGACAGCUUCCUAUCCCUUCCAGCCCCUUCGUCUAGUUCGCGUUUUCAGCGACAGUGAACCCAGCAGACGCGACAGUGAGAAACUUGAACUCGUUGAAGCUUUGUGAGCUGAUUCAUGUGAAUCUGAGUUCGUCCUCAAGUGCGAGAUCAUCACUCUGAAUCUGUUGGAGUGUUCUCUGCAGAACCUUGCGUGACUGCAAGGAGAAGACGAGUUUGGUUUAAGAUUUGGUGUAGGGAUGUUUAGUUUUUCUUGCAGUUAUUUCUUAGUUUAAAUUUCUUGUUCUUGAAGUUUUGUUUCUGAAUUUCCUCGUUCAUAGCUUAGAUUUGUUUGUAGUCUUAUUUUAUGCACGAAUUUGAUCUUUUAUUUCUGUUCU